GCGCAGGCGCAUGGAGCUGGUGUUCGGGAGGCAAUGGGAAUGAAAGGUCGUUUUCCGGUGCGGCGGACACUUGAGUUUCUGCGCCGUGGAACAUUGUCGUUGAAGGACUCCGUGAAGAUUCUGACUGUGAAUUAUAACACGCACGGGGAGAGGAGUGACGGAGCAAGAAAGUUUGUUUUCUUCAACAUACCUCAAAUCCAGUACCAGAAUCCUUGGGUUCAAAUUGUUAUGUUCAAGAACCUGACACCAUCACCUUUUCUCAGGUUUUAUUUGGAUGAUGGUGAACAGAUUUUAGUUGAUGUUGAAGGAAAGAACAAUAAAGAAAUUACGGAACAUGUGAAGACCAUCUUGGGAAAGAGCAGGGAGUUGCUGGAAGCUGAAGAGCAAGCACGGAAGGAGCAUUCACACCCUGCACACUUUGGGCCCAAGAAGUACUGUCUGCGGGAAUGCAUGUGUGAGGUCGAAGGGCAGGUUCCUUGCCCAGGACUAGUGCCUUUACCUAAGGAACUGACUGGGAAGUAUCGGGCUACUCGAUCAGCAGGCACUGCAGUUUAAACAAUGCUUUGAGCAAGAAUGAAUAUGCUUUCUUUCAGAAGACAGGAACGAUAGUGUCAAUGUGGAUUUGUAGGUCAUGGAGAACCUGAUUGUUUUGCUGUACUGAAGUCAACUUAAGGGGAUGUUCACAUUGUUUAAAAAGAUACCCAGAAGGCACGUUGUGUUGUCAAGGUUGUUUAUCUGCAGGUAAAUAAUGUGGAAUUGAUCCAGCUGGGAAACUGGCUGAGUGAAGGAAGAAGUAACAUUAAUUGUUGCUUGUACCAGUGAUCUGAAAGCUUCUCUGAUAUAAUGGAAUAAUCAACUCCAUAACCUAGCCUAAUGUCCAUGUAACCACUGUUGUAAAAACCCAUCCAAUUCAUUAAUAUACUAUCAAGGAAAGAAAUCUGCUGUCCUUGCAUGUGACUCAGAUCCACAGCAAUGUGGUUGCGUCAUACUGUCCCCGAGGCAAUUGGGGCUAGGCAAUAAAUGUAAUACCCUAUGAACAAAUAAAGCUUUCAGUUUCCUCUUCCUGAAGUUCUAA